AUGCCUUAUAACACUCGCCGCAAGUCACUGUCGCUACCGUCGUUAGGUAUUCAGUUACCGAGUUCGUCGCGCUCCCAGCGCUCCCCCACCCACAAGACCACUUCCGCCUUAGAGACACAACAACCACCAUCGAAAAAGGUCAAGCGGUCCCAUGACUCAGUGUUCAGGUCGCCUUUGUCAGUUUCAUCAGAAUCCCCGGAAUCAACCUCGCAAAAAGACGAAGUAGAUGGCUCUCGUCCAAAGAGUCAGAGAGGCGCUGGAACCUUUGAGCACACGCCGCCACCAUCUCCCGAAGAUUCAGGGAUCGCUCCCAAGAUCGACACGGAAGGAAUCAACGAUGAUAUUGUGGUUUCGGUCAUUGAGCAACUGGAAAAGACGGGAAAUAGACCUCAUCUCAUCAAGGAACUUGCCACUGUCCUUUCAACCACCAAUGACACUGUUGCGAAUUCCGCGAAUGCCGCAGCCUUGUUAUCGUCGCGGUUAAGUUUGUACUUGAAACGCUCGUGGACGGCACUUUCACCAUGUCCGGUCGCGAAGGAGUUGAUCCCAGUUCAUCCACGCAAAGUCUUUUAUUACCUGACAACAUCGCCACAUCAAGCACUUCCAGAAACGUCUGAUGAUAUAUUCUCUCCGACCAUGGGAUCGAAAAGGAUCACUCCCAGUAUAUCCGACCCAAGCAUUAAUUCUGAUGAUGCGGACGAGGAUUUAGCUCGAGAGCGUGCUCGCCUAAGCCCCAGCCCAGAAGUUGAUUUAUCAGCUCCAGAGUUUGGUGACGAUGAAAAUGUUGAUCUGGAUGACCACGCAGCCCCUGGCGGACCCCACACCUCAACCGCAAACUACGGUGUAAGGAGCAGUCUGCCAAACCUCCACAAUCAGCGUGUAACGUAUAAUAGCCGAUCGAUAUCUCCACCUCUUGAGGGGGAUGAGAAGGAAUUUACCCAGACAGCAAGCUCUGUUCGCGAGCGAACAUCCUCAGAAGAGGAGGCGGCGAAACGACGACAGGAUCUCGAGAAGGAUGAAAAGCCUCAGGAUGAUCCGGUGAAUGGAAAUGAAUCAUCUGUGGGUAGCAGUGACGUGGAAAUGGAUCAGUCUACCUCGUCGCAUGGCGAAUCUAAUCGUCAAGACAGUGAUUAUGUUGAUUACUUUGCCUCUCACAUACUUCAGAAUCCCGGUCAUGACCAAGACUUGGAUAACGCCACCGCUACUGCGCUCUUUGGCGCAUCUCCGUCACCUUCCGUUUCUUCUGAAAUGUCCACAUUCACUUCAACUACCAAUGCCACAUCACAUGCUGAGGCUGAGGCGGACCUGAAUAUGGACACCAAACGCGUCGUGAACGACAUUUCUGUUGGGCUGCUUAAAGGAGAGAACGACGUCACCGCAACUAUUGGUCGUGGAAUUUCUGCCACUAGAAUCGCCGUGAAUAGUGCUGGAUUAGCCGCCGGUUCCAAAAGAUCUAUCGCCAUUCUUGAAGCUGACGAGGUGAAUGCUGCCCUGGUGGCAUACGCGAACGGAAUGGACGGAGACAUAAAAACAUCGUUCGAUAUGGCUGAUGGUUCUACCAACGAAACUGCCAAUGACAAAUCGGGUUUGUCAAUAGGCGAUCCUUUCGCCGGAUUUAAGUCAGUCAUGGAUCUUGGUAUCGAAAUGGGAUCGGGACUCGGACUAGAGUCGUGGACCGACCUACAAAGCCCCGAAACCGUGGAGGUUGACGAACUCGAUGAGAUAUUCGCGAACGUCUAA